GAUUUUAAUGAAUUUAUUUAAAAAUCUGAUAAAUAGGUCCUAACGAAAUGCUUGAGCUACGACGAGAUCAAACUAUCGGCGAUGAUGGUGGUGUCAUCUCACACAGAGUUUAUAAACGACGGCUCGCGAAAUAACAGAGGUAUCGUGAGCAGUGACCCAGACGCCGUCCAACCUAGAGGGGUUAUUAUGGGUGUCGUAGGCACAAGAUUCGAAAAACCCCGAUUUAUGGAGUAUCAGGAUAUCAUCGUCACACCAACACAGAACAAUAUGGAUAACGGAUACGGACCUGCGAUAGACGGCAUAUUCGAAGAAAAACGUGGGAUGCGUGUUCUAUGGGCAAAGUUUUAUGGCGAGAAUUAUCAUCCACUUUAUGAAGAAACUUCGAAAUACAUGAAAUCAAAAGAGAACAGACGAUAUAUAUUAUUGUCUAGUCACACAAUCUUCAAUAUCGAGAAUUACAUGAAAAGGACUCUGCUCUCUGUAGAAAUAAUAUUAUUGGAAGCGAACAGUCGUGCCGAAAAGCAAAAUACAACUGCUUUCUUGCACGUGGUUGGAUUUGGCCUUGGUGUUUGGAAAAUAAUGCAGGAUCAAGAAGUCUACUUUCUGAAAACGUUUGAGAUCGCCAUUAGAAAAAUGAACAAGAAGCUCAAAUACGUUUCUGACAUCAUGUUCGCUUAUUUCCGGCAACAAAAUUGCGGCGGUGCAGGAAAUGGCGAUUAUCUAGGCGAUAUAAAAAUACAUUUUGCUCUGAGAGAACCACACAGCCGAUUGUUUCGAGCCAACGAUGCGAAUAAACUCCUUGUUGUAACCUAUGCUUGGGAUGGAAAUACAUUACCAGGAAAUGAAUUCUGGACGGGAAGUCUAGAAUCCAGCGGUGAUCCAGCGGCGGCGUGCAGUACUCAAGUAACUGAGCUGCAUAAUCCCAAAAUCAAUCCGCGCGCGUGCGGUGCCAGCUUGCAUGUCGCAUCCGCGGAGCAUGGAAUUCUACACAUAUCGGAUUAUGCGAAGCUUCACCUCACUUAGGUAACCCCCGAUAAACGCCUCCUUAUCGACGCUGGUCUUCCUUGCUGAACGAAGUUCGAUUUUGACAUGUGGAACCAUGAAUGAUAUUGCCUUUAUAUUGUCAAUGCAGUUAUAUAUACCUUUAGUUAGUCAAGAGGAACUCUCCUUUUUUUUCUCAUCUUUGUAUUCGUUAGUAGAAAUAGUAGAAUUAUCAGUGAUAUAUUUCGUGUACUUAUCAGGAAAUAUUUGAUACCGAAAAAAUUGAAUUAUUUGACGAAAAGUUA